GCCUAUGAAAAAACCUCGUAAAAAAGUCUUUCUCAUGAUACCAACAAACGGGAAACAGGAAACACAUGAAGAAUCAAGGAAGAAGCAACAGGAAUCACACAAGGAAUUGGGCAAGAAAGAAAAGGAAAUCCCGGAAGAACUGAAUGACAGGGAACAGAACUACGAAGAACCGAAUGACGAGGAACGGGAAACCGAUGAAGAACUGAACGACGACCAACAGGACCACAAGGAACCAAAUGACAAGGAACAGGAGACCCACAAAGAACUGAACAAGAAGGAAGAAGAAACUCAGGAAGGAUUGAAUGAAAAGGAACAGGGCAGCCAAACUUUGAGUCGUAGUUCCAGGAGCAACAGCCCAGAAGAGGACGCGGUCCCCGCACCGAGGGCUUCUGCACCAUCACCCCUACCAUUAGGCGCCGGGAUGUCUGUGGUCGGCAUUGACCUCGGCUUUCUCAACUGCUACGUAGCAGUAGCGAGGAGCGGCGGCAUCGAAACCAUCGCCAAUGAGUACAGCGACAGGUGUACGCCAGCGUGUAUAUCUUUGGGAUCAAGAACACGAGCCAUUGGAAAUGCAGCUAAGAGCCAGAUAGUCACAAAUGUAAGAAAUACAAUUCAUGGUUUCAAAAAACUUCAUGGGCGAUCUUUUGACGAUCCUAUUGUGCAAACUGAAAGGAUCAGGCUUCCCUAUGAGCUGCAGAAGAUGCCAAAUGGAAGUGCAGGGGUUAAGGUGCGAUACCUAGAAGAAGAAAGACCUUUUGCAAUUGAGCAGGUUACUGGGAUGCUGUUGGCUAAGCUUAAAGAGACUUCAGAAAAUGCUUUGAAGAAACCAGUGGCUGACUGUGUGAUUUCAAUUCCUAGCUUUUUCACUGAUGCUGAGAGAAGAUCUGUGAUGGCUGCAGCCCAAGUUGCAGGUUUAAAUUGUUUAAGGUUAAUGAAUGAAACUACUGCAGUUGCACUAGCAUAUGGAAUUUAUAAACAGGAUCUUCCUCCAUUAGAUGAGAAACCAAGAAAUGUAAUAUUUAUUGAUAUGGGACAUUCUGCCUACCAGGUCUCGGUUUGUGCUUUUAACAAAGGAAAACUUAAAGUCUUGUCUACUACCUUUGAUCCAUAUUUGGGUGGCAGGAACUUUGAUGAGGUUUUAGUAGACUACUUCUGUGAAGAGUUCAAGACAAAAUAUAAGAUAAAUGUCAAAGAAAACUCUCGGGCCUUGUUGCGUUUAUAUCAGGAAUGUGAAAAACUAAAGAAGCUAAUGAGUGCAAACGCAUCAGAUCUUCCACUGAACAUUGAGUGUUUCAUGAAUGACCUUGAUGUUUCUAGUAAAAUGAACAGGGCUCAGUUUGAACAAUUAUGUGCUUCCCUCUUAGCCAGAGUUGAACCACCAUUAAAAGCAGUAAUGGAACAAGCUGACUUACAACGUGAAGACAUAAGUAGUAUAGAAAUUGUAGGGGGAGCAACACGAAUUCCUGCUGUGAAAGAGCAAAUCACUAAAUUCUUUCUUAAAGACAUAAGUACCACACUAAAUGCUGAUGAAGCUGUUGCAAGAGGAUGUGCAUUACAGUGUGCGAUUCUCUCGCCAGCAUUUAAAGUGCGUGAAUUUUCCAUAACAGACAUUGUUCCCUAUUCAAUCACAUUAAGAUGGAAGACCUCUUUUGAAGAUGGAACUGGGGAAUGCGAAGUAUUCUGUAAGAACCAUCCUGCCCCAUUCUCAAAAGUCAUUACUUUCCACAAGAAAGAACCAUUUGAACUAGAAGCAUUUUAUACUAAUUUACAUGAAGUGCCUUAUCCAGAUCCAAGAAUUGGGAACUUUACCAUUCAGAAUGUUUCCCCACAGUCUGAUGGUGAUAGUUCCAAAGUUAAGGUUAAAGUUCGUAUUAAUGUCCAUGGAGUCUUCAGCGUGGCUAGUGCAUCUGUGAUUGAGAAGCAAAGUAUAGAAGGGGAUCACAGUGAUGUUCCUAUGGAGACAGAACCUUCUUUUAAGAAUGAAAGCAAAGAUGAUGUGGAUAAAAUGCAGGUUGACCAAGAAGAAGGAGGUCAUCAAAAAUGUCAUGCUGAACACACUCCAGAGGAAGAAAUUGACCAUACAGGAACCAAAACAAAGUCUGCUCUCUCAGAGAAACAAGAGCGACUGAACCAGAACAUUAAAAAAGGAAAAGUCAAGAGUAUUGAUCUACCCAUCCAGAGUAGCCUAUGUAGACAACUGGGCCAAGAUCUUCUCAACAGCUACAUUGAAAAUGAGGGGAAGAUGAUAAUGCAGGAUAAGUUAGAGAAAGAAAGAAAUGAUGCAAAGAAUGCUGUUGAAGAAUAUGUAUAUGAUUUUAGAGACAAGCUUGGCACUGUCUAUGAAAAAUUCAUCACUCAAGAAGACUUGAAAAAACUGUCUGCAAUAUUGGAAGACACAGAAAAUUGGCUUUAUGAAGAAGGAGAGGACCAACCUAAACAAGUAUAUGUGGAUAAGCUUCAAGAAUUAAAGAAAUAUGGCCAGCCUAUUCAAAUAAGGUACAUGGAACAUGAAGAAAGACCAAAAGCUUUAAACGACUUGGGAAAAAAGAUCCAACUUGUCAUGAAAGUGAUAGAAGCAUACAGAAACAAGGAUGAAAGAUACGAUCAUUUGGAUCCUGCUGAAAUUGAAAAGGUUGAAAAAUAUAUCAGUGAAGCCAUGAGUUGGCUGAACAGUAAGAUGAACGCACAGAACAAACUAAGUCUCACUCAAGAUCCUGUGGUGAAAGUUUCAGAAAUAGUUGCAAAGUCAAAGGAACUGGAUAAUUUCUGUAACCCCAUCAUUUAUAAGCCCAAACCGAAAGUAGAGGUUGCUGAAGACAAGGCAAAAGAUAAUAGUGAGCACAACGGACCAAUGGAUGGACAGAGUGGGACUGAAACCAAACCAGAUUCAACAAAAGACAACUCACAGCAUACUAAAUCUGCUGCAGAGAUGGAAGUGGACUAAGUCUUAACUUUACCGUCACGUAAUUCAAAUAGUGCAAGUAACCACAGAGUCCAUUCUUCUUCUUUUACAUCUGGUACACACAACAGAUGUUUAGUUGCUCUUAACCACUUUCUGUCAUUUGUUUUUUGGAGUAGUUUUGAAAAGUGUUUUAUAUUGAGUGCACCUAUGUUCAUUUCCAUUGCUGCUUAUGUGAAGCUUUAGCUGAAUAUAGAUAAACAAGUCAGUUUAAGCUUUCCUAAUCUAUUUUAUGUCAAACAUGCAAGACUGAUAAGUAGUUGGCAACAAUCUACCUUAUUUAAAGCUUCUACUUGGAUAAACCUCAGCUCCUUUAUUCAGGAAAGGAUACUGUAUUGCACUAUUGUUGCAGAAGCAUAGAUUUAAUUGCAUCAUUGUUUUUAAAAACAUUGAAACUGAUGUGGUUUACAGCCACCAGGCACUGACCUUUUGUAGUUACUGUGUUGUUACAAUUUAAACAUUAAAACAAAUAGGUUCCUUGACAAACUAUUCCAUCUCAGUUGUGUGCCAUGAGGACUCCAAAACUUUAUUAUCAUAUAAAUGAACUAAAACACACACUGAAGGGGAAAAUGCACAAUUUUAUGUUAAGGUGACACCAGCAGUUUGCUUCUUUUCAUUAGUCAUGUGGAUUGAUGUUUCUCAGAGUAAUUCAGUGUCUUUUGCACUUGAAACUUCUGAUCUACUUGUCCUGAAGACCAGCUGCUGCUAAAGUAAUGCUAGCCUAAAAACGAUGAAGCAUUUUUUAUGAAAAUACCUUCAUGUUAAGGGGGAAAUGCUGUUGACUUACUCAGACGUGCAUCUGUGAUGUUGAUAGCCUUUGUCUUAAAUAGUUUUUGUUUUCUUAGUUCAUUUUGUUGACGUGUUAACGCAGGGUAGGGAGACACGGCAGAGUGUACUGCAUUAUAUACAUUUAUCAGUGACUCACUGUUAACAUACAAACACUGUAAGCGGUAAUACUUGAAAGAAGCACUUAUACCACAUAAGUCUUAGGAAAUAAUGCUUGUAAUAAACUGUUACAUAUCAACAGGCAAAAUACAGAGUGUUACAUAGUGUGAUAUGAUACAAUGUGAUUAAAUUAUAGUUCUUGCUGUCAUAUGACCUGUUCAGACCUUGGCUCCAGUUUUGGGGCUUCAUAUACAAGUUAUAUGGGACGAGGGACUGUGAAACUAAGACACUUUAAGAAUUUAGUCCGAGCUUCAUCACCAGACUUGUUCACACUGUUCAGUUCUGUCCAAAAGCUUGAAACUUUUAGUAUGGGAGGCAGACUGUUCAACCUACAAAGAAAAGAAACAGAGAAUGCAUGGGCACUUGUAUUCUUAAUGCCAAUCAACUAGACUGACCUAUGUUAAAAUUUUAAGCUCAGUUUUCCCCAAAACUACAUCUUUAUAUUAAGAACUAAUAUUGACUUUCCUUAAGUAGUAAAAAUUGAGAGCUCAAUAUCUUUAGGGAUAGUCACUACUCAAAACUAGUUCUCUAAGAGAGAUUUUGUUUGUACAGUGUAGUCUGCACUGAAAGGAGAGUACAGACCAGUGCAUUUUGCAGGGAUUUUUAUUCAUCCUUUCAGAGGAAGGAUUUUGCAUUAAGGAAAUCAUAUAGACCCAAUGUAUUUUUUGUCUUCAAACUAAUGAAAUAAUCAUAUCCAUUAAAAAUGAUGAAACAUUUGUUAAGCAUGUAUUGCUACUUUUCAUUUCUAUGUUGGUAUAUAUAGGUUCACUUCAGUAACAGCAUCAGAGUUAUGAAAGGGAAUAAAGUACAUGGAAGGAGUUUAUUGCUUUCUCUUAAGGAAAUCUCCACCCACUUUGUUAGGAGCUGUACCUCUAAAAGUAAUUGGGAAUAUGUAAGAACAACCCUUUCUGCAGCUGAACUGUCUAGUACAUCCUGACAUUUUCAGUUCCUUACUAGCUUAUAUAGUUCUCUGUUUUAAUCAGAAUUAUAUUCCAGUUCCUGUAGUUAUGUACCACUUCAUUUUAUAAGUUAAGUAUAUCCAAAAAUAAUGUGUGUACUUUUCUUACCCAUUUAUUUAACUUAAAUGAUUUUCAAAUGCCCUUAACCUUAUAAUUAGUAGUUUAUAAAUAAACUAGAAAAUGUUCUACUUAAUCUAGUUUUGGGUAGAUGGUAUGGGCUCAGUUUAAUUUUAAUCUAUAUGAAGUAUGAAGUGCUAGACAAUUAAAGAUCUUUUUUAAAAAAAAUACAUAGCAAAAUAGGGUAUUUUCCUGUAGUAAUAUGCAAAUAAGAACUAAAUAUGUAGGAAAUAUCUAGGAUAAUUAAUAGAAUAAUACACUUAACUCUAUGGAAAAAUGUAAGUUACCUGGUUUCAGAAAUCAACUCCUAAUAACCAAUCAUAGUGAUUUUAAAAACAAAAGCUGUUAAAUAAUAUAAUGAAAGUCUGCAAUGUUUUAAUUCCUUAGCUAUGUACAGAAUACUUAAGUUUUAAAGUAACUACAAAUAGCAUACCAAAGAAUUAGGCUAUUGGAAUAACAGAUCAUCUCAAUUUUAAAAAGGUAAAAAUUAAACUUAAGAAAUACAGAUUUCUUAGACUUCGGGGGGGGUCAGUUUUUGGUAUAUUUAUGAUUAUAUUUCCUAGCUAGAAGUCUUUAAAGUGAAUUUGGAAAAUCAAUUAUCAAUAUCAUAAAGUGAUAGUGUGAAAAUAUUUUAUCCAAAUUAGCACAUCUUCAACUGUUUUGAAAAAUUAUGUUUAAGAUCAACUAACCCAAAAUAGAUUUAACAACCAUCCCUCCAUUUUCAUAAAUUUGAACUGUAAUACUAAGCCUAUAAACAUUACCCUUAGGAUUUUGUUUUAUUUUUAACAGCUGGUGUUGGUAGUCCACAACAACUAAAGCCUUGUUAUUAAUUUUACAUAUCAUAGAUUUACAAGUGAUAGAAAAAUUUAACUUCAUCUUUCUCAACUUUUAGAGAUUUACAACAAAAAAAUUCAAUUCUAAAGGAAAUGUUAUUUUGUGGUUAGACUUCCAAGUUUUAAGUGGCAUUUGUUUUGUGGUAUUUGAUUCUGUAAAACUUAAUGAGAUGUAUAUCAAAUUGUAUUGAUUUAUCAGUAUUUAAAAUCUGAUGACAUUGAUUAAAGUCAGCCACUGAUGACUUUUCCAAUGACACAGGUGUGGGAAAUGCUUAUUAAUUUGAUUCUAAUGUUUUACUAUCCUCUUAACUAUAGUAUGUUUUACAACUAUCAUUUAUCAAACUAAAUGUUUAAUCUUAGUCAAUUUCAGAAGAUUCAGACUUUUUGAUCAAAAAACAAAAUAAGCUUUAAAAUUACCUUUUGUUUUGUCAAGGUUUGAUUUAAAGUAUAAUCUUAAAAUAAUUUCCAGGAAGCACAUAAUCUUUUCUUUUGAUAAAGAAGUUAAGAUUUAAUGCAGAUCAAAACCAACCAAGUCUUUAACGUUUCAAAACAAACAAAAGCUUUAUUUUACUUUCACAUCUCUUAAUAUAAAGUAAACUAAAAUUAACAGUCUUCCAUAUACUCAUGUUUCCUAAACAAACAACUCUGGGUUUAUAACAUAACCAGAUGUCUAAGUUUUUUUUCCCCUUGCUAAAUUCAAGGGUAAUUGUUUCAUACAGUAACAGGGCACCUGAAAUUUAUGGAAUAUUAAUAACUGCUUAGAAGAAAAAAAAAACAAAACCCACUAAAUAUCUAUGCCAGUGGUCAGCAGGUGGUAAUGGCUUUUUCACCAUCCAGAUCUCUAGGAUCUGGUCACCAUCCAGGUCUCUAGCAUAUUGUUAGAGUAAGCAUUAAGAGGAAAAAGCACAUGUUAAAAGUACAUCAUUAAAUCAUGUGGAGCUUUCAGGUCAAAGAAAGAAAACUAAUAAUCACGAGCAUUUGAUUUAGUCUGUCACGCAGGUCAAAAUGUAUAUCGACAAAAACAUUAAUGGCAUGAUCUUUGCGAUCUCUAAUUUACUAUCAUGUCGUAGGUCACAGGAUGAGUAUUAGGGAAGUGUAUUGAUUACUCAUCCUAUAAAGAGAUUCGUGAACUUCAACAUGUUUUACACACUUUAGUUGUCUUACAGUAUAUAAACUAUAAGUAGAAAUUACCUUAGUCCUUCCUAUUAUUUUAUUUAUCCUCUCAUUCAGUCUAUUACAUAAUCAUUUUAUUUCAAUUAUAUUUUGCUUUUUAUUUUGGAUUAUUUGUCUUUUAUUUCAUGUAUUUUAAAAAAGUUUUCCUAUUACUUUGCUUGAUAACUGAUUUUAUUAGCUAUCUUUUUACUUUAAAACCAAAUCUUACUGUUAAGAAUUUUUUGACUCUGAAAUUCAUACUUAAAAAGCCAUGUUGUAAAUUUCCAUAUGUAAUACCUCUAAAAUUUAAUAUUGGCUAUAUAGGUUUUUCAUAUUCUGGCCUUGAAUACUUUUAAGUAGUUCUGGACCAAAAGAAGUCAAUUUUGUGAGUACUGUGUAUGAUAAGUAACCAGCGUCCUUCAUUUUUAAUCCAAGUAUCAAUGUAACAAAAGGGUCAAAAUUCAAAAUAGUUGUUAAAGAUUAGACACCUUCCAUUUUUUGCUGCUUUCUGAUUACAUACAUGUGUUGUGCAUCUUCCUUUUUUGCCUCCAUGAACUUGAGUUAACAUGCUCUUGAAAUCAUAUGGACCCACACAGAAUGUAGAUGUAAAAAUGUAAUUAGAAAUGGAGAUCUAAGUAAAGGAAGCUUUAAAGCAUUGUGGUUUUUUUCCCUGAAAUAAUACUUUUAUGGCUUAGUAUCUUGAAAGGAGACUCACAGUAAAAGAAAAAAAAAAAUUGUACUUGGCUGGAUGAAGCCACUGUUGUUUAAUACAGAAGCAAUUUUUUAAUGAAGCUACUGAAUUGUUUAGUACUAAUAUGGUAUCCACGUUAUUUUUCUUUUCUCCAACCAUUAUUAAAAUAAUUUAUAUACA